AUGCCAUCCAAUUGUUUUCCCUAGUCAUUAUAGUGAUGGGUUUUCCAACAAAAGGACAACUAAGGACGGGAUUUUAUUCUUCGUCUUGUCCUAGAGCCGAAGAUAUUGUUAGGUCAACCGUCGAAGCUCACUUCAAGAACGACACUACCAUUGCCCCCGGCUUACUUCGUCUUCAUUUCCACGAUUGUUUUGUUAGGGGAUGUGAUGCAUCGAUUCUGAUAAAGGGAUCUUCAUCCGAAAUGAAUGCUAUAGCAAACGGAGGACUAAGAGGAUUUGAAGUGAUUGAUGAUGCGAAAGCCCAACUUGAAUCCUUGUGUCCCGGGAUUGUCUCGUGUGCUGAUAUUCUUGCAUUAGCUGCCCGUGAUGGAGUAGACUUGAUCCAUGGUCCAAGUUGGGGAGUGCCAACAGGAAGAAGAGAUGGGAAGGUGUCCUUAUCUUCAGAGGUCACAAACAUGCCCUCUCCCUUUGAUUCCAUUGAUGUUCAAAAGCAGAAAUUUGCUGCAAAAGGCCUCAAUGAUCAUGACCUAGUCACUCUAUCUGGAGCACAUACUAUUGGCCACACCAGUUGUUUGUUUGUUGGAUAUAGGUUAUACAACUUUACUCGGACGGGUAACCCGGAUCCAACGUUAGACCAAGACUUUUUGACCCAACUCCAAGGGCAGUGCCCUAAGGGAGUUGGUAGUGACUCUAAAAGAAUUCCUUUGGAUAAGGAUAGUCCACUCGAUUUUGACGCUGGUUAUUUCAAGAACGUUCGUGAUGGAAAGGCUGUCCUUGAGUCGGACCAAAGGCUAUUGGCCGAUCCAGAUACUAGAGAUGUGGUGGAAACGUACGCGAGUAAAAUAAAAGGAUUGUUGGGAUUUAGAUUCGAAUAUGAGUUUGGUAAGGCUAUGGUUAAGAUGAGCAAUAUUGAAGUUAAUGUUGGAGCUCAAGGAGAGAUUAGGAAGAUAUGUUCCAAGUUUAAUUAGUAGGUAGGGUUAUAAUAAAGUGUCUAUUGUUAAUUACAAGUUUAACGGGGUGUUAAUUUAAAGGGAAUUUUAGUGGAAAAAAAAGUGGGU